CGCGGGGGGCGGGCGCGGGGAGCGCUCCAAGAUGGCGCCGACCGCAGUCCCGCCCGCAGCAUCCUCCGCACCUCAGCAGUCCGGCCGCGCCUCCCGGGCCCCGCGUUAGGGCCGCCGCUGCCUCCCUUGCCGCCGCUGCCAGCUGACCUGUCCUGGACGCAGCAUAACUAACGAAGCUGCUGCAGGAUGAGAAGAUGGCAGCGCGGCUGCUCGCACCACCAGGCCCUGAUAGUUUCAAGCCUUUCACCCCUGAGUCACUGGCAAACAUUGAGAGGCGCAUUGCCGAGAGCAAACUCAAGAAACCGCCAAAGGCCGAUGGCAGUCAUCGGGAAGAUGAUGAGGACAGCAAGCCCAAGCCAAACAGUGACCUGGAAGCAGGGAAGAGUUUGCCUUUCAUCUAUGGGGACAUCCCCCAAGGCCUGGUUGCGGUUCCCUUGGAGGACUUUGACCCAUACUAUUUGACGCAGAAAACCUUUGUAGUAUUAAACAGAGGGAAAACUCUCUUCAGAUUUAGUGCCACGCCUGCCUUGUACAUUUUAAGUCCUUUUAACCUGAUACGAAGAAUAGCUAUUAAAAUUUUGAUACAUUCAGUGUUUAGCAUGAUCAUUAUGUGCACUAUUUUGACCAACUGUGUAUUCAUGACUUUUAGUAACCCUCCCGAAUGGUCGAAGAAUGUGGAGUACACGUUCACAGGGAUUUAUACAUUUGAAUCACUAGUGAAAAUCAUUGCAAGAGGUUUCUGCAUAGAUGGCUUUACCUUUUUACGGGAUCCGUGGAACUGGUUAGAUUUCAGUGUCAUCAUGAUGGCGUAUAUAACAGAGUUUGUAAACCUAGGCAAUGUUUCAGCUCUGCGCACUUUCAGGGUACUGAGGGCUUUGAAAACUAUUUCGGUAAUCCCAGGCCUGAAGACCAUCGUGGGCGCCCUGAUUCAGUCCGUGAAGAAGCUGUCGGAUGUGAUGAUCCUGACAGUGUUCUGCCUGAGUGUCUUUGCCUUGAUCGGACUGCAGCUCUUCAUGGGAAACCUGCGAAACAAGUGUGUGGUGUGGCCCAUAAACUUCAACGAGAGCUAUCUUGAAAAUGGCACCAAGGGCUUUGACUGGGACGAGUACAUCAACAAUAAAACAAAUUUUUACACAGUUCCUGGCAUGCUGGAACCUUUGCUCUGUGGGAACAGUUCUGAUGCUGGGCAAUGCCCAGAGGGAUACCAGUGUAUGAAAGCAGGAAGGAACCCCAACUAUGGUUACACAAGCUUUGACACUUUUAGCUGGGCCUUCUUGGCAUUGUUUCGCCUUAUGACCCAGGACUACUGGGAGAACUUGUAUCAAUUAACCUUAAGAGCAGCUGGGAAAACGUACAUGAUCUUCUUCGUCUUGGUCAUCUUUGUGGGUUCUUUCUAUCUGGUGAACUUGAUCUUGGCUGUGGUGGCCAUGGCUUAUGAAGAACAGAAUCAGGCAACACUGGAGGAAGCAGAGCAGAAAGAGGCUGAAUUCAAAGCAAUGUUGGAGCAACUUAAGAAGCAACAGGAAGAGGCACAGGCGGCGGCGAUGGCCACUUCAGCAGGAACUGUCUCAGAAGAUGCCAUAGAGGAAGAAGGUGAAGAAGGGGCAGGCUCGCCCCGAAGCUCAUCUGAAAUCUCUAAGCUCAGUUCCAAGAGUGCCAAAGAGAGACGUAACAGGAGAAAGAAGAGGAAACAAAAGGAGCUCUCUGAAGGGGAAGAGAAAGGGGAUCCCGAGAAGGUGUUCAAGUCAGAGUCAGAAGAUGGUAUGAGGAGGAAGGGCUUUCGGCUACCAGACAACAGAAUUGGGAGGAAAUUUUCCAUCAUGAAUCAGUCACUGCUCAGCAUUCCGGGCUCCCCAUUCCUGUCCCGCCACAACAGCAAAAGCAGCAUCUUCAGCUUCAGGGGGCCUGGGCGGUUCCGGGACCCGGGCUCCGAGAACGAGUUUGCGGACGACGAGCACAGCACGGUGGAGGAGAGCGAGGGCCGCCGGGACUCGCUCUUCAUCCCCAUCCGAGCCCGCGAGCGCCGCAGCAGCUACAGCGGCUACAGCGGCUACAGCCAGGGCAGCCGCUCCUCGCGCAUAUUCCCCAGCCUGCGGCGCAGCGUCAAGCGCAACAGCACGGUGGACUGCAACGGUGUGGUGUCCCUCAUCGGCGGCCCCGGCUCCCACAUCAGCGGGCGUCUCCUGCCAGAGGCUACAACCGAGGUGGAAAUUAAGAAGAAAGGCCCUGGAUCUCUCUUAGUUUCCAUGGACCAGUUGGCCUCCUAUGGGCGGAAGGACAGGAUCAACAGUAUAUUGAGCGUUGUUACAAAUACACUGGUAGAAGAGCUGGAAGAGUCUCAGAGAAAGUGCCCGCCGUGCUGGUAUAAAUUUGCCAACACUUUCCUCAUCUGGGAGUGUCACCCCUACUGGAUAAAGCUGAAAGAGAUUGUGAACUUGAUCGUCAUGGACCCUUUUGUGGACUUGGCCAUCACCAUCUGCAUCGUCCUGAACACACUGUUUAUGGCAAUGGAGCACCACCCUAUGACGCCACAGUUCGAACAUGUCUUGACUGUAGGAAAUCUGGUUUUCACUGGAAUUUUCACAGCGGAAAUGUUCCUGAAGCUCAUAGCCAUGGAUCCCUACUAUUAUUUCCAAGAAGGUUGGAACAUUUUUGAUGGAUUUAUUGUCUCCCUCAGUUUAAUGGAACUGAGUCUAGCAGACGUGGAGGGGCUUUCGGUGCUGCGAUCUUUCCGAUUGCUCCGAGUCUUCAAACUGGCCAAAUCCUGGCCCACCCUGAACAUGCUGAUCAAGAUUAUUGGAAAUUCAGUGGGUGCCCUGGGCAACCUGACCCUGGUGCUGGCCAUUAUCGUCUUCAUCUUUGCCGUGGUGGGAAUGCAACUCUUUGGAAAGAGCUACAAAGAGUGUGUCUGCAAGAUCAACCAGGACUGUGAACUCCCUCGCUGGCACAUGCAUGACUUUUUUCAUUCUUUCCUCAUCGUCUUCCGAGUGUUGUGCGGGGAGUGGAUCGAGACCAUGUGGGACUGCAUGGAGGUGGCCGGCCAGGCCAUGUGCCUCAUCGUCUUCAUGAUGGUCAUGGUUAUCGGCAACUUGGUGGUGCUGAACCUGUUUCUGGCCUUGCUCCUGAGCUCCUUCAGUGCUGACAACUUGGCAGCCACAGAUGAUGAUGGGGAAAUGAACAACCUACAGAUCUCAGUUAUCCGGAUCAAGAAGGGCGUGGCCUGGACCAAACUGAAAGUGCGCGCCUUCAUGCAGGCCCACUUCAAGCAGCGCGAGGCCGACGAGGUGAAACCUCUGGACGAGCUGUACGAAAAGAAGGCCAACUGUAUCGCCAACCACACUGGCGCCGACAUCCACCGGAACGGUGACUUCCAGAAGAAUGGCAACGGCACAACCAGCGGCAUUGGCAGCAGCGUGGAGAAGUACAUCAUUGAUGAGGACCACAUGUCCUUCAUCAACAACCCCAACCUGACCGUGAGAGUGCCCAUCGCGGUAGGCGAGUCUGACUUUGAGAACCUCAACACCGAGGACGUUAGCAGCGAGUCGGACCCUGAAGGCAGCAAAGAUAAACUGGAUGACACUAGCUCCUCUGAAGGCAGCACCAUUGAUAUCAAACCAGAAGUAGAAGAAGUCCCUGUGGAACAGCCUGAGGAAUACUUGGAUCCAGAUGCCUGUUUCACAGAAGGUUGUGUCCAGAGGUUCAAGUGCUGCCAGGUCAACAUUGAGGAAGGGCUGGGCAAGUCUUGGUGGAUCCUGCGGAAAACCUGCUUCCUCAUUGUGGAGCACAAUUGGUUUGAGACCUUCAUCAUCUUCAUGAUUCUGCUCAGCAGUGGCGCCCUGGCCUUCGAGGACAUCUACAUUGAGCAGAGAAAGACCAUUCGUACCAUCCUGGAGUACGCUGACAAAGUCUUCACCUAUAUCUUCAUCCUGGAGAUGUUGCUCAAGUGGAUAGCCUAUGGCUUCGUCAAGUUCUUCACCAAUGCCUGGUGCUGGCUGGACUUCCUCAUCGUGGCUGUCUCUUUAGUCAGCCUUAUAGCUAAUGCCCUGGGCUACUCGGAACUAGGUGCCAUAAAGUCCCUUAGGACCCUAAGAGCUUUGAGACCCUUAAGAGCCUUAUCACGAUUUGAAGGGAUGAGGGUGGUGGUGAAUGCCUUGGUGGGCGCCAUCCCCUCCAUCAUGAAUGUGCUGCUGGUGUGUCUCAUCUUCUGGCUGAUUUUUAGCAUCAUGGGAGUUAACCUGUUUGCCGGAAAGUACCACUACUGCUUUAAUGAGUCUUCCGAAAUCCGAUUUGAAAUUGAAGAUGUCAACAAUAAAACUGAGUGUGAAAAGCUCAUGGAGGGGAACAAUACAGAAAUCAGAUGGAAGAACGUGAAGAUCAACUUUGACAACGUCGGGGCAGGAUAUCUGGCGCUUCUUCAAGUGGCAACCUUCAAAGGCUGGAUGGACAUCAUGUAUGCAGCUGUAGAUUCCCGAAAGCCUGAUGAGCAGCCUAAGUAUGAGGACAACAUCUACAUGUACAUCUACUUCGUCAUCUUCAUCAUCUUCGGCUCCUUCUUCACCCUGAACCUGUUCAUCGGUGUCAUCAUUGAUAACUUCAAUCAACAAAAGAAAAAGUUUGGAGGUCAAGACAUCUUCAUGACCGAAGAACAGAAGAAGUACUACAAUGCCAUGAAAAAGCUGGGCUCAAAGAAACCACAGAAACCCAUCCCCCGCCCCCUGAACAAAAUCCAAGGUAUCGUCUUUGAUUUUGUCACUCAACAAGCCUUUGACAUUGUCAUCAUGAUGCUCAUCUGCCUUAACAUGGUGACAAUGAUGGUGGAGACAGAUACUCAGAGCAAGCAGAUGGAGAACAUUCUCUACUGGAUUAACCUGGUCUUUGUCAUCUUCUUCACCUGUGAGUGUGUGCUCAAAAUGUUUGCCUUGAGGCACUACUACUUCACCAUUGGCUGGAACAUCUUCGACUUCGUGGUGGUCAUCCUCUCCAUUGUGGGAAUGUUCCUGGCUGAUAUAAUUGAGAAAUACUUUGUUUCCCCAACCCUAUUCCGAGUCAUCCGAUUGGCCCGUAUUGGGCGCAUCCUGCGUCUGAUCAAAGGCGCCAAAGGGAUUCGUACCCUGCUCUUUGCCUUAAUGAUGUCCUUGCCUGCUCUGUUCAACAUCGGCCUUCUGCUCUUCCUGGUCAUGUUCAUCUUCUCCAUCUUUGGGAUGUCCAAUUUUGCGUAUGUAAAGCACGAGGCUGGCAUUGAUGACAUGUUCAACUUUGAGACGUUUGGCAACAGCAUGAUCUGCCUAUUUCAGAUCACAACCUCGGCUGGCUGGGAUGGCCUGCUGCUGCCCAUCCUGAACCGCCCCCCCGACUGCAGUCUGGAUAAGGAACACCCAGGGAGUGGCUUUAAAGGAGACUGCGGGAACCCCUCGGUGGGCAUCUUCUUCUUUGUGAGCUACAUCAUCAUCUCCUUCCUGAUCGUGGUGAACAUGUACAUUGCCAUCAUCUUGGAGAACUUCAGCGUAGCCACGGAGGAAAGCGCAGACCCUCUGAGUGAGGAUGACUUUGAGACCUUCUAUGAGAUCUGGGAGAAGUUCGACCCCGAUGCCACCCAGUUCAUCGAGUACAGUAAGCUGGCAGACUUUGCAGAUGCCCUGGAGCAUCCUCUCCGGGUGCCCAAGCCCAACACCAUAGAGCUCAUCGCCAUGGACCUGCCAAUGGUCAGCGGGGAUCGCAUCCACUGCUUGGACAUCCUUUUUGCCUUCACCAAGCGGGUCCUGGGAGAUAGCGGAGAGUUGGACAUCCUCCGGCAGCAGAUGGAGGAGAGGUUUGUGGCAUCCAAUCCUUCCAAAAUGUCUUACGAGCCAAUCACGACCACGCUGCGGCGCAAGCAGGAAGAGGUGUCAGCCGUGGUCCUGCAGCGCGCCUACCGGGGACAUUUAGCAAGGCGGGGCUUCGUUUGCAAAAAGACAACUUCCAAUAAGCUGGAGAAUGGAGGCGCCCACCGGGAGAAGAAAGAGAGCACCCCGUCUACAGCCUCCCUCCCAUCCUAUGACAGUGUAACUAAACCCGAGAAGGAGAAACAGCAACGGGCAGAGGAAGGAAGAAGGGAAAGAGCCAGAAGACAAAAAGAGGUCAGAGAAUCCAAGUGUUAGAGGGAAGCAAAAACUAAACACUGUACAGAUUUAAAACUCGCAAGUGAAAGAUUGUUUACAAACUUCCUGAAUAUUAUCAAUGCAGAACAGCUGUGGAGACACUUUAACCCGAAGAUCUAUACCAAACGUAGUCUGCUUACCAUGUAACACGGUUGCAUCUUGAGCAGUGACCUGCCAAGGGCAAAGGACCCUGCUCCCUGGACUCACAGAUUUUUCUAAUGCUUGGGCAGGUGGUUACUGCAUGUUCCACAUCAGUCAAUGCAACUUAGGACAAAACUAACAGGAUACAAAAACAGAGGCGAGGCUGCCGGGACCAGUGUAUUUCCGUUGCAGCCAAAUGGAUUUUAUUUUUUCAUUCUGUUGAUUCUCAGAAGCAGAAAGCAUCAAUUUAAAAGUUUGUUUGUUCAUGCAAACUCUAUUUGCAUUCUUACGUUAGGCUAAGCAGCAAAAAGAAAAAAACACACACACUCACAUUUAGCCCAUGUCAUUUAAUUGUCAGUUUCUUUGACAUAAGCCGCAUCUUCUCCACAUGGGCUUCACGUGGUUUGGAGAUGGGUGGGGGAAAACAAUCAGGUUUCUUCAGGCUGAGGAGGACUUGCUCAGGCCAAUUCCAAACAUCGUGCUCGUUCAAUGCGUAGAAAUGAUUUGCAUGAUGGCAUGCCGUGAUCAGAAGUCAUGCAUGAGAACCAUACACCACAGGACACUACUAAUCCUGUCCCCUGCACUGGGUCAGCCUUUGGACAGGACCCAGCCCUGCACCGUUCACUGUAUUUGGAGGAAAAAAAUGGUAAGCGUUCCAUACCCGCUGCAAUUCUUUCUGAAUUCUUAGAAGUCUUUCGUACACCUUCCGGGUAGGGAAACAUAACCAACCAAUUGACUACCACCACCAACAAAAAACAAACCCAGUCCAACAAGCAGAUGGAUCCGUUGUGUGUAUAUGUUUAACAGACAUCUCUAACAUACAGCCAUUGUUGCACAUUUUGAAAGAUGAACUAUUUAAUGCUGCUCUCUGUGUCCCAUACAUGGGGAGAUUUUGAUCUCAAAUGGCUUGUAUUAACGUCACUGUAAAACCAAAUCCUAGGGCUAAAAACAAAAAUCAAAAAAAUUUUUUUCAUUUCUAUCUUGCAAUAUUUAUGAUGAUUGUUUAGCCUUCAUACUGGAGAACUGACUUUUUUGGGGGUAGAGAUAAAAGUGCUAUUCAAAGUAGCAUGGUAUCUCUAGAGGGUCAUUUGGGGGAACUUAAAACCACCUUUCGUUGGGGGUAAAGGGGUGCUCACUUCAUCAGUAUCACGUCCUUCUGCAUCGUGGCUUUCUCUGGGCUUGGGUCCAUGUGGAGAGGGGUUCAGAUAUUCUGAACAGGCCUCUCUUCUACAGAGGGGUUGUCACAAGCUGACACACUGCACGGUUCCUCUUGCCUCCGUCACAUUUUUCCACCAAGCAGGGCUUCCUUUACCCACAGAGGUGGGUGAGGGCCACAGCACUGGAGCUACAGCUGUGCUUUCUUUCAUUUAUUAUUAGAAUAGUCACUGGUGGGACCUCAGUAGAGAUGGGGCCGCCUCUGAACCCAGCCCACUUGGUUUCUUUACUGCAUUGGUUCUCACGAGAAAGCGACUUAAUAUGAAUUCUUAGAAAGUUCCAGCUUCCCCCAGCACAUUCUUUCGGCCAGUUUUGCCAUCUGCUUAGGGACCUGCCCAUUGUCAUUGGAGGGUGGCUUUGCGGGGGAGUGUCAUAGCUUCCGUCUGUCUCCCGCUUCAGGGAAGACAGUUUUUAGUCCAGGGGUUUCUCAUCUGAUGACUCGAUUUCAGAGCUAAGAUGCUGCAGUUGAAUGUGUCAGGAAGUCGAUACAAAGAGUGAGGAGAGACUUCAGCAUGCAAACCAAAUCAAAAUAAAUUCUUCCUGAACCAUAGAAUGGAGGGAGAAAACCCACAAUCAGACACACCAAUCUGCCUUGCAGUAGAAGCACUUUGGAUGUCAUUUCACAGUCCACCUGACUAGUUUUGCGUAGAACAAACCACAGCAAGUCAGUAAGCAGAGCUUUCUAUCUUGUCGGACCAUUAGAAACUCUGUCCAGCUUUCAUAAGCCUGCUUCUGCGGCACCAUCCGUAGUACUUUUUGUACUACGCCUGAUACCAGGUUGGGAAGGCGUUUUUCUCGGUGACCCUGCUAACUGCUAGGAUGGAUGUAUAGUAACGUGUACAGGCUACAUCGUAAACAGCACAAAACGAGCUGACGUGUGGUUAUUCUUUUUAAGAGACUUAUAAAUACUGUAAUAUAUCAUUUUAUUUUAUUGGCAUGCCUUUUUGUAAAUACAAAUUAUUAACUUAUUAAAUAGGAAAUGGCUUCUGGCUUAUGCCAUUGUCAUGUUUAUUUUUAUUUUUUAUACUUUUCUUUCUUCUUAGAACUUAGAUGCUGUCAGCCAAUGUACAUCCCCAAACCAGACAGACAGACAAAAAAUUUUUUAUUGCUAAUGGUCUUUUCCAAAACAACAAAAAAUAUAUAUAUUUUUGUUCCAAUGUGCAAUAAAUUCUAACCACUUCUAUGCAAGAUUUGGCUAAACUUCAUAAUCGUUCUUGUUCUUAGGUCUUGAGAUGGGCAACAGAACUAUAAGAUCCCGCUCCGUCCUCUAAGUGCUCAUGCUAGUGAUGUCAUUAAGCUACUAGAGCAUAUUAAUGAGAUUUUUCUGAGCUCUGACCCUUUUCCUCCCCCAGACCCUGGUCCCCACCCAGCGGGUUAUCUCCUCAGUGACACACACGGGCCUUGGUAUCUGACACCCAUCGGCCAGCUUCAUAGGGAAGAAGCCACCUCCACUCUAUUUGAAGUUUCACUUUUUUUUUUUUUUUUAACUUUUCCCACCUUCUUUCCCCUCACCCAUCGCCCCUCUACCCACCCACUCGCUCACGCACUCUCGCCCUCUCCCGCCCUGCUCCACACUUCUUUGGUAGUAAGUGACACCAUCACCAGCAGUUUACACCCGCAGUUAACAGGCAUUGAACUCAAAGAGUCAGUGAUGACGUUCUUGUACGUCUUCACCGAGUGGGUAAGUGGCAACGCUUUGCCAAAUAUUAACGAAGCCAAUCAAAAAGCAGCGGCAGCCACAGUAUCACUGCACAUAUAUAUAUAUAGAUAUAUAAAUACAAUAUAAAUAUUUAUUUUUUGUAGCCAGGUCCUUGGUGCAGUAUUUAUACUCCACAAUCCACCUUUAAAAAAGGACAAAAAGCAAAAAGACGUGUGAUGCUGUUAAUUUAAAACGCAGAGCCAAAGCCACUGAGCAGCAGCUGACACGGUUGCUGGUUUGUGUGUGAAAAACACUUUCCCCUCUUCUUUCCUUAACCUCCACAUUGCUUAGGAUGAGGAGACUCCGUAAUUUAAAGCAGAGGGCGAGCGCAGGAUAAACUUCCCAAGUCAGCGGACCUGCUCCCAUCCCUCUCCGAAUGAGCCACUCUUGGCAUCAGAAGUUGACUGAGGAGAGAUUAACAGAAACUCCCAGUCAAAGCCCCUGGAACGACAGUGCCCAGAGUUCUUUUCUUUUUCGCCGCAACCAAUGUAAGCUUGUAAAAGACCAAUAGUGAAGACUAGUGUAUUAGUGAACGCAUGGAGGCCAGCACUGCUCUAAACGAGACGUGAUAAAAAGUACAUCACUACUAUAAGCCAAAAGGAAACAAAAUAAAAAUGACCCUUUUUACUGUACAAGGGAAGCCUGUCUUGGUGUGCAUUUGUUGCUUGACUCUCCCAAUUUUUGAUUCCUGGGAGGGGUCUGGGAAUUGGGACUUCAGCACAUUUGGGGAAAGGAGGGGGAAUGGAAGGGAGAGAAAUCAGAGGGUUUCCUGCAAAGUUCUGGCUAAAAAGUAGGGAUUGGAGAGAAAAGCAAGGUCCUGUCCGUCCCCCCACCCAGAUCCCCAGUCACCCAUUGCAUGUGGCAUUCCUCCCACUACGGGGCCAGUGCUUCAAGGCCCAUGAAACCCCUUCCUCAUCGGUCCCCCCAGCAGAGCCCCCAGAGAGGCUGUCAGCCAGCCCAGCUGGGCUGGCCUUCCUUCUGCCUUUUUCACGUUUUUUAAGGAAAAAAACCAUCCCAACGCCCCAAAGCUCGGGCGAGCACGAUGCCCAGCGCCUCCCCUCUGCUAGCUAAUGCUGGGCCUUGCCCUCCAUCAGCCCCAGGGACAAACCAGCGGACUAGGGCUGCUCUCAUUCGCAUUCGGCAGGGAAGGGGGGCGCCCUCCCCUUCCCUCACCCUGCCCAGCUUUGGGGACAUCCCUCUCUAGGCCGUGUCUCCCAGUCCAGGAACACUCAGGAGGGUUCUGAAGUGCCCACUCUAGUCCGCUCCAGUAGCUCCACUCUGGAGAGAGAUGGCUGGUAGGUCAGUCUCCAUCCCCCCCCCCCCCACCGCCCCGCCUCCAGGCCUGCUGUGGAGGUGAGAUCGCCAUAUGGGUUAUGACUUUGUGACUUGAGUCUUGGGCAUCUUCUGUGACGAUGCCUCUUUAUUUUCUCAGAUGUUGCCCAAAGUUUUGCAAAAAGCUUCGUUCAUUUUCAGGUACCCCCACCCCCUAAAGAAUCGGCUGCAACUAGCCAGCCAGGGGGACGUCAGGAGAGAAGAAGAAGUCUGGGUUGGGAGGGGCCCGAGGUUUGCACAGUCUGUGCUGUGGCUCAGCAUUGUGCUUUCUUGGAUUCCCCUUCCAAGAGCACCAAGAUUUCCUCCGUCAAAACACUCCUGAGGCACCCCUACCCCUGCCCCCCACUGCUGUUUGCUGUACAUAGAGGCUAAGUGGGGUGGGGUGGGCGGGUGUGCACGUGUGGUGUGUGUGUGUGUGAAGAAUGUAUAUAGGUAAAGGGGAGCGUGGUCCAGUGGUUCCAGAAAAGGGACAGAACUCCUGUGUUCCAUCCCCAGCUCGACCACUGACUCGCUGUGUGGCCUUGGGCAAGUCACUUAACCUCUCUGUGCCUCAGUUUCCCCAUCUGUAAAAUGGGGAUAAUAAUACUGACCUACCUCACAGGGGUGUUGUGAGGCUUUAACUAAAUGUUUUGUAAAGUGUUUUUGAGAUACAGAGGCAAAGGCACUAGGGAAGGGCAAAGUAUUAUUUGGACUUAUGGAGGAUGAAAUGGUACCAUAAAUGCUGCUAUUCUGAGAGCCAUUUUAAACUGCACUGCUCCAACCACCCCCGCUUCUCAUCACCAGGACAGCAGGUCGAGAAAAUGUCUUUCCUUUCACUUGCUUCUGGGGUUUGUGAUUAUUCCAGAUACUUAAUUUUGUUCCCUUGCUGUAUCUCCUUCCCUCACCCCCUCGACUUGUUCCCUGUUCCGUUUAUGCGGAAAUGGCAGAAAUGCUUGAGAAAUGAGAAUGUAUAAGAGGAUCGGAAGUUUAUAGUCUGAAAUUUCAAUUUUACUUUGUACUGUACAUCUUUUUACUUUAGAAUUUGCAAUAAAGGGUUACGUCAAUCUUGUUUUCAACUCUC